GGUUUCCGCUCGCGGCGCUAGGAUCUCAGGCCACGUGCUGCUGCAGCGUGGGCUCUCGCAGCUCAGCAUCUCUGGGAGGCUCCUUCGGAAGGGUAUUUGAAGAGCGAUGCCGGUCGCCAGGAUGCUGCGGCAGGUUGUGGGCCAGAUGCCGGGGAGACCAGCCUGUGGCUGCUGGACCUCUGCCCCGCUGGCCCGGUUUCUGGGCACCUCCCCUCGGCAAAUUCCAGCAGAUGCCAACUUCUACUCUUCCUCUUUCUCUGGAACAGACCAGCCACGCGUCUUAAUUACAGGGGGUCUUGGCCAGCUUGGAGUGGGGCUUGCUAACUUUUUGAGGAAACGAUUUGGGAAGGACAAUGUGAUUUUGUCCGACAUAAGGAAACCACCAGAUCACAUCUUCCACGGUGGCCCAUUUAUUUAUUCUGACAUUCUGGAUUACAAGAAUCUUCGGGAGAUCGUGGUAAACAACCGCAUUACCUGGUUGUUUCAUUAUAGCGCUUUGCUCAGUGCCAUUGGAGAAGCAAACGUGUCCUUGGCCAGAGCCGUAAAUAUCACUGGAUUGCAUAACGUCCUGGAUGUUGCAGCAGAGCACAAUUUGCGAUUGUUUGUGCCUAGCACAAUCGGAGCUUUUGGACCUACUUCUCCCCGGAAUCCAACUCCCGAUAUCUGUAUUCAGAGGCCCAGGACUAUCUACGGGGUGUCCAAGGUCCAUGCGGAGCUCAUGGGAGAAUAUUAUCAUUACCGGUAUGGGUUAGAUUUCCGAUGCCUGAGAUACCCUGGAAUCAUCUCUGCGGACUCCCAGCCUGGUGGAGGAACAACUGACUAUGCAGUCCAGAUCUUCCACGAUGCUGUAAAGAAUGGCAAAUUUGAGUGCAACCUGAAAUCCAGCACGCGGCUCCCAAUGAUGUAUAUUGAUGAUUGCCUCAGGGCUACCCUGGAAGUCAUGGAGGCCCCGGCAGAGUCCCUGUCCAUGAGGACCUACAAUGUCAAUGCCAUGAGUUUCACCCCUGAGGACCUGGCCCAGGAGCUUCUCAAGCACAUACCAGAAUUCCAGAUCACGUACAAUGUGGAUUCUGUUCGACAGGCCAUAGCGGAUAGUUGGCCGAUGAAUUUUGAUGACAGCAAUGCUCGGAAAGACUGGGGGUGGAAACACGACUUUGAUCUUCCAGAGCUGGUGACGACGAUGUUGAACUUCCAUGGCUCUGAUACCAGAGUUGCCCAGGCUAACUGAGAGAAUCAUAAGGGAGGACUCCUAUUACAUUUUAAAGACUAUCCAAGAUGAUCUCCUAAUUUGUAAGUAUACUUUACUAUCCCAUCAGGACUUUAAAAAUGUUUGACAUAUUCAUGUUCAUAAUAUACGUGAGAUUUUAAUACUUCUUCAACAAUUAUCACUUCUCAUUUAUUUUUCUGUAAAAAGACAUAUGUGUAGGACAUUAGGAGUAUCAAAGAUGACCUAACUAAUAAUGGGUAGCACCUCCUACUUUGAUUACCUUCCCAGUCGUGAGCUAAGUGUUGAUUACCAGGACUGUAGUUCUCUCACCUGGCCUUGUCAAUCUCCCCGAGGAGCUUCUCUCAAUGUUCAGGUUUCUGGGCCCCAUCCCUUCAGAUGACUCAACAAAUGGGGGUGGGAAUUUCAAAAGGCCACUGGUUAUUCUAUUCCAGCUAUGGCCUGCUGGACCAGGUCCAAACACUAUUUUCUAAAGAGAACUUUUCUUGUGAUAGCCUUUUUGUUACACACUUAGGCUGAGCUUUCAGAAGACCUGCUCUAUACCCUCUGAAGCAAUUCCUAUGUAAAUAUAUACAGGUUGACUUUUUUCCAGCUACCUCCGGAUACCUGUGGAAUUACUGGAGAGUGAAAUUCCAAGAUUAAUCAUGAGCAUAUUGGACAAUAGCUGUCAUGGACUAAAAGACAUUUCUAUUAUGUGCUUACUGUCAAUGUUUUGUAUUUGGAUUUUUUUUUUUAAUGUUCAUCUUUGAGAA